AUGGCCGGCAGCAUCACACGCGAGGAAGUGGCGAAGCAUAACAAGGCUGAUGAUGCUUGGAUCAUUGUGGACGGCGACGUGUACGAUGUUACCAAGUUCGCUGGAGUUCAUCCCGGUGGCACCAAUAUCCUUUUGGAAUAUGCCGGCAAGGAUGCGACGGAGGACUUCUUUGGACUUCAUCGCGUUGAGGUUUUGGACAAGUACGCGCGCCUCAAGAAGGGUCGCCUGACGGAUGCCGGCCCUCCUCCCAAGCAGGUGAUGGAGCGCGUCACAGAAGUCAGCAAGGUGCCCUUCGCAGAACCCAGCUACAUGCAGGGCUUCAAGUCUCCCUACUUCGAUGAGUCUCACGUGAAGCUGCGUCUGGCAGCUCGCAAGUUCUUCAGCGGCGAAGCCCGCGAGGAGGCUCUGGAGUGCGAGGUGAAGUCGACGCCACCCAGCAAGGAGAUGCGAAAGCGCAUGGGCGACCUGGGCCUCAUUGCCAUGGUCCAGGGCCCCGGCGAACACUUGAAGAUUCCCGCGAGCCUCUGCGGCGGCGUCGUGAAGCCGGAAGAGUUCACCUACUUCCACGAGCUGGUGGUUCAAGAGGAGCGAUGCCGUGCCAUGUGCCCCGGCUACGAGGAUGGCCUGGAUGGCGCGGUUUCCAUUGGGCUGCCUGUGCUGCUCAAGUAUGGCUCCGACUGGAUGAAGCAGGAGGUGGUGCCCCCCAUCGUCAAGGGAGAACAGACGGUCGUCUUGUCUAUCACUGAGGCCUUUGCUGGCUCCGACGUGGCCGGACUCCGCACCACCGCCGUGCUUGAUGAAUCCGGUGAGAACUAUAUUGUCAACGGCACCAAGAAGUGGAUCACAGGCGGGAUGUAUGCGGACUGGUUCGUCACGGCGGUGCGCACAGGCAAGGCCGGCGCCGGAGGCAUCUCCAUGAUGCUGAUCCCGCGCUCCGACGCCGUGCAGACUACGGUUAUGAAGACCAAGUACUCCAGCUCCGCUGGCACCGCCUACGUGACCUACGAAAACUGCAUCGUUCCCAAGAGGAACAUCAUUAAGGGGGUCGACAAGGGCUUCCAGAUUAUCAUGUCCAACUUCAACCAUGAGCGAUGGAUGAUUACGGCCGUGAGCAUCGCCCGGGCACGUUUUGCCACAGAGGAGACCUUCAAGUGGUCGAUGCAGCGAAAGGUCUUUGGAAAGCCCCUCAUCGAACAGGCAGUGAUCCGUGAGAAAUUGGCGCAGAUGUUUGCAGGCAUCGAGACCUGCACACAGAUGCUGUGGGAUAUCACCUACAACAUGACCCACGUGGGGACCCAGGGUCCUGAGAUUGGAGCGCGCAUCGCCCUCUGCAAGUAUCAGACGACUCGAAUGAACCAUCUGGUCUGCGACAAUGCAGUGCAGGUCUUCGGAGGACGUGGCGUGACACAAGGUGCCAUGGGCCGUGCUGUGGAGAUCUUCUCGAGGAUGUACAAAAUCCCUGCCGUCUACGGCGGCAGCGAGGAGAUCAUGGCUGACCUGGCGGUUCGGACUGCCAUCAAGGCGUACCCGAAGACCGCUCGGCUGUAG